AUGAUUCCUGCUGUCUUUCUGGCCGUCCUGUGCUUGGGAAGGGCCUCAUCUACUCCCUCACCUGAUCCCACUCUGGAUGCUGAAUGGCAGCAGUGGAAGAUAAAAUAUGGAAAAACUUACAGUCUGGAGGAAGAAGCACAGAAGAGAGCAGUAUGGGAAGAAAAUAUGAAAAUGAUCAAAUUGCACAAUGGGGAGAAUGGCCUGGGGAAGAAUGGCUUCACCAUGGAAAUGAACGCCUUUGGUGACAUGACUGGUGAAGAAUUCAGAAAUUUGAUGAUGAAUAUCCCAGUCCCCACUCUCAAGAAAGGGAAAAACAUCCAGAAACGUCUGGCUGGUGAUGUGCCCAAAUUUAUAAACUGGAGAAAGAAAGGCUAUGUCACCUCCGUGCGGAGACAGGGUAGGUGUACUGCUUGUUGGGCUUUUUCUGUGGCUGGUGCCAUAGAAGGACAGAUGUUCCGGAAAACCGGCAAACUGAUUCCUCUGAGUGUCCAGAACCUAGUGGACUGUUCUAGACCUCAAGGUAACAGGGGCUGUUUUGGAGGCAAUACAUUCCUUGCCCUGCAGUAUGUGAAAGAAAACGGAGGUCUGGAGUCCGAGGCAACCUAUCCGUAUGAAGAAAAGGAAGGGCCCUGCAGGUACAAUCUGGAAAAUUCUACUGCUAGUAUCACAGGCCUUGUGUUAGUACCAAAGAGUGAAAAGGCCCUAAUGAAUCUUGUGGCAACUAUAGGACCCAUUUCUGUUGCACUCGACGCAAGACAUGAUUCCUUCCAGUUCUAUAAAGGAGGCAUAUAUCAUGAGCCAAACUGCAGUAGUACUACAGUCACCCAUGCCAUGCUAGUGGUCGGCUAUGGCUUUGAAGGAAGAGAGGCAGACGGCAGGAAGUACUGGCUGGUCAAGAACAGCAUGGGUAAAAAGUGGGGCAUUAGAGGCUACAUGAAGAUCGCCAAGGACCAGAAAAACCACUGUGGAAUUGCUACAUAUGCCAUGUACCCUACAGUGUGA